UGGCCCAGGCCUUCUCACCCACCUGCCUAGCACUGUCCUUCCAGUAGCUCAAUGAAUUCCAGGAACUCAAGCCUCAGACGCAAUCCUUAACCAAUAGGGAGCCUCCAUGAUCUAGUAAAGCAAAGGAAUAAGAAAUCCAAGUUCACUGUUGUCGGGUACAGCUGUGACAUGGUGGUGUUUCUAAGACACAAGCAGCUAAACAUGGGAAACUGUUCUUCAGAAACACCAGCUUGUGCACUUUUUCUGUCAGAGAAUGAAAGGCAAAGGAGGCGGGGGACUCUAGAAGAUAGGACUGAAACAUAGAUAAAGGCAGAGAUAAGAAAGCUUCCUGAAUUUCAAAGACUGCUGAAUAUUCGGUGCUUUGAUUGGCAGAAAAAAAAAAUGGGGAAGAAAAGGUAAAGAAACCAGCUUGAAGUCUUUGCAUAUAGUUUCAAUUUAGAGUCAGAGCAGAGGAUGCGAUGCACAUCCUUUCAGCCUGUGGACUCUAAGGAGAAAGAAGAGGGACGGAAACGUAGCUGAGUUUUCUGGAGUGAGUCCGGGGAGCUGAAAUGGUAAAUAUGCUUCCAGAAGCAGGGAAACUUCUUGACUUCAAAAAAGUCAGCCUCGUGAGUUAUUAGUGCUUUGCUUGGCCGCUACCUGGAGAGGCUCUGGUGGAGAGAAGAGCUCAGGAGCAGGAGGAGCCGCAGCCUCAGUCGGACAAGCGCUCCCUGCUGAUCCUGCCACCUGAAGAAGGGCCUGGGAACAGCAGGGGCCAGAGCCAAUGCGGGUGAGCAGAGAGUGGCCAGGCCAGCUGGACCUUCCCAGGCACUGAGCAGGAGAGCUGCUGGGAGCACACUCACAACUCGAGAAAAAGAAGACGCUGCUGAUAACAUCUGAAAGGAAGGAGACCGUCAUUGUGCUGGGCCUGAGAUGUAACGCUGUACAAAUUGUUUUUUUUUUUAUGCACCAGCCUCCCAAGCAGUUUCCAGAGAUGGAUUAUCUUACUUUCCUUUUGGCUAUUCUUCAUGUACAUAAAGCUCUAUGUGAAGAGACAUUUUGGGACACGACUAUUAAAUUUGCUGAGAAUAUGACUCUAGAAUGUGUGUACCCAUCAGUGGACAUUACCCAGGUGGAGUGGUUUAAGAUCCACGAUGUGCAGAAGUCCAUAGGCUUGCUCCACCCCAUUUACGGUGUGGUCAUCCAUGAGCCCUAUGACAAGAAGCUUCACCUUUUGAACUCAACAACGGCUCCCAACACUGUGAUCCUCUCCUUUUAUAAUGCCUCUGAGACCGAUGUCGGCACCUAUUCCUGCUCUUUCCUGACUUACACACAUGGAACUUGGAAAAAGACAAUACGUGUGGUUCAGUCAGAUAGUUUUGAGACAGAUGCACCAUUGAAUUACCACAUCGUCUCAGAAUCUGGAAAAAAUGUCACACUCAACUGUCAGCUUCAGAUGGAUGGGCUGGUGCAUCAAGUCACCUGGGAAAAGAUCCAGCCCUAUCAGAUAGACCUCCUAACCUGCUGCAACUUGUCCCAAGGGAGGAGUUACACCUCAAAGUACCCCAGGCAAAUCCUUAGCAACUGCAGCCAGGGCAGCAGGAGCAGCUGGCUCCUCAUCCCGAAUGCCACCGCCUCGGACUCCGGGCUGUACCGCUGCCGCUUCUCUGCCCGCUCUGGAGAAAAUGAAACCUUCGUGGCAAAACUGACCAUCACUGACGGCCAGUCACCAUGGAGCACCCAUCUCAUGGUACAGCGUGGUGACACGGAUGGAGCCAAGAUCACUAAUGCAGUCCUGCUGCCUUGUGGAGGUAAAGCUGAUAGCCAGUAUCUCCUCUUUGUGGCUGGAGGGGUAGUUCUGUUGUUUGUUGUGGCAAUCGUCAUCAUCAUCGUCAUUUCUUGUAACAGAAGGAGGAGGAGACAGAAGUCCACCCCAUUUAAAGAGUCCUGGGAUACAAAGAGUAAGGCAGCCAACAACUACAGAAGCCCCUUCUCCAUCACUCAACCCAUGGAAGACACAAGGGAGGACAUCUAUGUCAACUAUCCUACCUUCUCUCGAAGACCAAAACCUAGAGUCUAAGCUUUUCUCUUGAUAUCAGCUAACUAAUGAUGACUAUUAAAUACAUGGAUCUUUAUAAUUUCUUCCUACCACCCAGUGACUGUCUUGAUUCCAGUUGACUAAACUUCUUUCAUUGGUAGAGAAAACACUGCAUGACCUAGAGAACAUCCUGAACAGGAGUGCUUCAGGACACCUGAGUCAUGUUAGCUCAUACAUAAGGAAAACUUGCUGGAUCAAGCAACAGAGGAACAGGGGAGACCAGACUUGAGUGAGCGUUACUUACCAGGGCUCUAAUGUUGUGUCUAGAUUUAGACAUGGCCGUAAGCUGGUUCAGAUCCCCUCCCACAGCAGUGGAUGCACUUGUCUGGCUUUGGCCUAACUCCCAUGCUGGCUUUUCUGUGUGCUUUCAAGAUGGCAGCCAACCACUGAAGUCAUUUGUGACACUGUUUGCAUUGGAUGAAGUGUUUGUUUUUUUUUUUUAACGCAGCAAACAUAUUCGAUUAUUUGCCUAUCAUCAAGCAGGCAUUGUGGUCAUUAAGGUGAGAUAGCUUACCUUAAUUAAGGGUUCACCUGUAAGAGCUGGAGGUGGGGACAAAGCACAUGAAGGGGCAAUUCAGGGUAUUAAAGAAGGAAAGGAACCAGGAAGCUGUGGUUGUUACUAAAUGUUGACUGCAAUGACAUUCCAAGACAUCUCUUACUAACCCACUAAAAAGUGAAACUAGAUUAGUUCUCUCUCUCUCCUCUCUUCUAGAAUCUUCUCUAUCAUCCAUAGUCCAGAAGAAUACCUGGCAGCACAAUGAAUGAAGUCAGAGAAAGAUAAAUGUGACAGGGUUACCAUUUUCUUUUCUAAUAGAAAAUAAAUUUAUCUCUGAAUCUAUGUAGAAUUCUUGCCACCACCCUGGGCCUAGCCUAAUGAGGAAGUGUGAUAGAGGGUCCAAGAAUAAAUAAUGUAAAUACUUUUAAUAUUGAUUUUUUUUCUUUUUGCUACCUUUGAGAAUUAUUUUUACUAUCCAAAUUCUCUCAAAAUGGACAGGAACCUAGGCAUUAAGUUCUCUAAAAAUAGUUUUGUGUGAAACUUGAAUACAUGAAGAGAGAACAUGGUUGGAAGUGGUGCUAUAGGGUUGUAGGGUAGAAAUUUGAGCCUGGAGUCGGGAGGGUAUGGAGAGGAAAUAGGAAAGGAGGGAAAGUCAUCGGGGAAUAAAGUACAAAGGGAAAUGUGGGCUUCACAGUUUGGACAUCUACCCUUGUUUUUACUAUCAUUGCUGAAAGAACUUCAUAUUUGGAUUCAUGAACUGUUUCCAUGAGUUUAUCAGCAUGACCCAGUGGAAAGGCCGUUCACCAGAAAACACUCUAGCAUCACGUUUAUCCAAGAUGCUAGGGCCAAAUCCCUGAGUUCACAUUGUGAACCCAUUUAGCACCAUUUAUAAAAUAAGCUGUUUCUUUUUCUCAAAAAGUUUAAAACGAUCUGGAAGAUUCUGAUAACCAAAUUCUCAUUGAUUAAUACAGGUGAGAAGUAAAACAUUUCUACAGUCUUAACACGAAGGACUAUAAAUCCCUUCAAAAGAAAAUAGCUACUGGGGUGACAGGCUUUCAUGAUGAAGCACUUAUGUGUGCUAGCCCCCAGGAUAUCUGAAACUCAUCUCUGUCUCCCUAUUUUUAAAUUUUUUUAAAAUAUCACACUCAAAAUAUUUAUGGGCAGUAUUUACUCUGUCCUUUUCUUCUUUUCCAUGUGGUCUUGCUAUUCGGGAGUUGGGAACCUCCUGCCGCCUGCUGAAGUUCUCCACUGCCUCAGCUCUUGGGCUGAUGAGCUUCUUCCCCAUUUCCUUCUGGGACACCCUAGCCAGGCACUGUCCUUGCAGUCUCUGUAAUCUCUGUAAUGCCACACCUACGGCACCAGGUCUUUGAACUCUACCCUCCCCCCUUGCUUUUCCUCUAAUCUGUGCUUACUGACCUGGGAGUUACUAGGAAAAUAGAUCAAAACAGAUCCUCAGAGUACAGAUCAAGAUGGGAAUUAAACUAUAUUUGUGUUUUUAUUUUUUUGCAAGAUGCUGCUUUGGAAGCAAGAUGCAGUCUUAAGAUUUUUGUCUGUUUUACAUGUAUAAUUUAUAUUGGUACAUAAUACAUCAUCAAAUAAAACCUAUGCUUCCUUUGAAUACAUGAUUUUAAUAUUUACAUUAAAAAUUACUAAUUAAGGAAAUUAGGGUGGCAUUGGUGGUAUAGUGAUGAGCAUAGCUGCCUUUCAAUUGAAGAGAUUACUAUUUGAUAAUAUGGUAAGUGUGUUAAAUGUCAUUAAAGAGGAUUCAGUUUAUCAGGGAAAGAGCACAUCUUUAAUAAAUAUAACUUACAGUAACUGUGUAUUGAUUAUAUUGUUAUCAGAGAGACUUUCAAACUUUGUGUACAGACUUUUAUGUUUCCUGAGAAAAUAGAGCACAAAGUUCUUUCAUUUAUUCAUUCUUUCUUUUUCUUUUUUUCUUUUUGUGGAGAUGGAGAGAAACGUGAGCCUUGUGCACGUCAGGCAAGUGCUCUGCCACUGAGCCCCACCUCCAGUCCAGAGUACGCAGUCCCUCAACUCACACUCACGUUUAUAGAUUGGGAGAAGUAAAUGAGAUUAUAAUUUUUAGUUAGGAAAAAUUCAAAUUUAUAGGAUGUUUUAAGUAAUUCAGUUUAUUAUUAAAGUGCUAUCCAUAUUUAAGUAUGCUGAAAAUCAAUUUAAAAGACAAAGUACAAUAAAAAUAAUUUUAUUUGAUUUGCUUUUACUUUAAAUAUCUAAAUGCUAUCAGUUUUUGUAAAAUGUAUCAAAUAAAAAUUUCCAGGACUUUGGAUCACUUGCCUAGGAUGUCUGAGGCCCUAGGUUCAAUUCCCAGUACUGCAAAUAAUAAUAAUAAUAAUAAUAAAAUUACAGUUGUAUUAUAGUAAUUUUUCAAAUUGGGAAAGUCUACAUUUUUAAUUAGAGAUCACUUUAAUCCAAUGCUUCUCCUAGAUUUUAUAUAAUAUGCUAUAUUUUGUACCGCUUACAUAGAAUUCCAGUGAGAUGCUUAUAAAGUAUAGGUGUAGAUGCUAAACUGUGACAACAAGGUUAACCUUUUCACCAUAAUGAUAUGAAAAUAUCUUUGAAGAUUGUAAAACUAUAAUAUGAACAUGAAAUAUUACUGGCUUAUUAUUAUCACUGGUUUGGGUCAUAUUAAAAUGUAAUGUCUAGAAGGUGCUGACCUUCACAUUUAGAUUUUGAUAUCAGUUAAUGUAUAUUUCCAUUGUUCGGUUUAUUGAAAUUAUUCUAGUAACCCUCUAGGAUCUUGUAGAUCUAUCUGAAAAUUAAAAGUAAUUUGCUUUCCUUUAAAUUUUCUAUUGCUGUGAUCCAAUGAACUUCUCGAAUCUACUGCAGUGCUUCUGAGGGAAAUUUUAUAGAUCUUCAGGGUUGGUUUACAUAUCAUAUUUUUCUAGAUUCAAAGCACUAACUAUGUUGUAAGAUGCUGUUAGAAAAAGUCUCAUUUGGGGUGGUAAUCCCAAUCCCAAAUCCGGGACGAUCCUGCCUAUUGUUCUUGUUUGAUGAAGUUAUAUGGUUACCUUAAUUAGAACACUGUUUCCAGUUAUUUCAGAUUUUCCAUUUGUUGGCCAUGCAAAUGUUUGCCUUCAUUUAUUGUAUUUUGUUGUUCUGAAUGAAUAAAAUGUAGUGUACCAUGA